UAGACGAACAACUCCCCUAGACAAACCUAAUUUGUUCCCAUCCCAUAUACAUGAAAUUACAAAACAAGUUGUCAAAAAGGAAAAAGUAGAUAAAUUAAGUUUGAGAACCCGUCGGAGGGGGAAAAAAAUUGGAGGAAAAAGACGGUGUUAUGGAGUCAACUCCAGCGUUCCGGCUAAAAUGGGACGUUUUCUUGAGUUUCAGAGGCGAAGAUACCAGAUACAUAUUCACUAAUUAUCUCUACGUACGAUAGUCUCUUCUCGAAUGUAAUCCGAGUCUUUCUAGACAAUGAAGGAAUGGAUCGGGGCGACGAAAUAGCGCCGAGUUUGCUAGAAGCGAUUGAGGAUUCGGCUGCAACAAUUGCUGUUAUAUCGCCUAAGUAUGCAUCCUCCCGGUGGUGCUUGGAGGAGCUGGCGAGAAUUUGCGAGCUGCGAAAACUUGUGCUUCCGGUGUUCUUUGAAGUUGAUCCGUCGGAUGUACGGAGAUUGAAAGGACCAUUUGAGAAGGACAUUGAGGAUCUGGAGAGAAGAUUUGGAGUGGAAAAAGUGGUGAGAUGGAGGAAUGCCAUGGAAAGAGUUGGAGGGAUUUCUGGCUGGGUUUACAACCACAGGGUGAGAGUGUAGUCACCCGACUCCAUUGCAAGUACCCGACGUGAGGCAGAAGGAAGGUGAUCGACCACUGCAUCAUCAGUUUCAUUCUUUACUAUUCUCGAUAUAUAGCUCCUCUAAAAUUCUUUCUUAGACUUGACCUUGAACUCUAAGAGUAUUAUAAAUUAAAAUAAUAAAGAUAAUUGUCAUAGCAUAUUUGUAAAUUUAAAAUGUUAUGGUAAGAGUUUUUCUCCUGGACGCCGUCGCAAUGGUAUCUAAAUGUUCGUCCUGAGUACAGAGGGAGUGGGGUUCAUUGCCUGCGUAGUCUUCGAUACUGUUGAAGAAGACAGGGUUGAUGUUGUGUUCAAGAAAGAGGACAAAGUGGUUAUUGUCGAGAAAGAAGAGAGUUUUAUAAGCCUUUACAUUAUCAUGUUUUUAUUUUUUAGAGUAAAAUACUACUUCUCUCUAACGUCCGUCCUAAUUGUAUCUGAAUGCUUGUCCAUUAAGCUAAUUUAUUUUUUAGGAUUGGGUUGCAAGCUAAAAUUAUUUACUAAUUAAUGUUGGAAGUCAUUUUAUAUAAUUAUUGACUUUGGGGUAGUUUUCUUUCUCUUCAAAAUAUUCUUAAA